GGGUGACGAGCUGGAGUACCGCUUGACGCGAUACCUGAUGGCCAACUACGACCCUUCGGUACGCCCUGCACGGAAUUCCUCAGAGGCCUUGUCGGUGGUCUUCGGUCUCUCCCUUCACAGCAUCAUUGAUGUGGACGAGAAGAACCAGAUCCUGACCACCAACUGCUGGCUGACGCAGGUGUGGACGGAUGCCCACCUGACGUGGAACGCCUCCGAUUUCGGGGGUGUGCGUGUCAUUAGGGUCCCUUACCACAGAGUCUGGAAACCGGACAUAAUCCUAUACAACAACGCAGACUCGCAAUACAGCUCUGCCACCAUCAACACCAACGUUAUCGUCAGUUCGUCGGGAUCUGUGACAUGGCUCUCACACGGCAUAUACAGAUCGUCGUGCGAUAUGAAUGUCGAGCACUUCCCUUUUGAUAUUCAAUUCUGCAAGCUGAAGUGGGCUUCGUGGACGUACGAUGGUCACCAGCUAGACCUCAUGAAGCAGAUGGACGACGGAGAUACCUCCAACUACCAGAGCAACGGAGAGUUCGACCUGAUGGAGUUCUCCGCCACCAGGAACAUCACGUAUUAUUCGUGUUGUCCAGAGCCCUACCCUGACAUCACCUACACCAUCAAGAUCAGGAGAAGACCCAUGUUCUAUGUCUUCAACUUAAUUCUGCCGUGCGUUCUCAUCAACGGCAUUGCGCUGCUGGUGUUCUACGUUCCGAGCGAAUCCGGGGAGAAGGUGACCCUGGGGAUCUCGUCCCUUUUAUCUAUGACUGUUUUUCUCAUGAGGAUCCGGGAGAGCCUCCCCCCGACGGAGAAGACGCCUCUCAUAAGUAUGUACUACGGCGUUACAAUCUGCCUCGUCAGCUUCGCCUCUGGGCUGUCAGUGCUGACGCUGAACAUACACCACCGGGGAAUCAGAGGGCUGGAGGUUCCCACUGUGGUCAAAAAAGUAGUUUUAGGAGGAAUGGCCCGACUCGUCUUCCUCCAUUUUGAGCCCCCAACGUCUGUCAAGGAUGAUAAGACCAUCCUGCAAAACGAUUUAAGACCUGAGCCCUGCGGUCGCACGGACUCCAUGAGCAUGGAAAAAAUCCACAUCCGCGAGUUAGAUGUGACAGAUAACUUCCGCAUGUCACCGAGAUCUGCCCAGAGGCAGCAAAUGGGUCCCAACAACGAUACCCCGACAGCCACGCCUACAGCAACACAGGUCACAGAGUUCGAGCAGCACUUCGUCCGCGUUCUGAACAAGGUCUACCAGACGAUCGAGAAGAACGAGAUGCGUCUCGGAGAGCACGACAGACGGGAGGCAGUUAGGGUCGAGUGGCAACAGGUGUCCCUGGUGUGCGAUCGCGUCCUCCUGGCCUGCUUCUUGCUGUCGACAGUCAUAGCGACGACGACUAUACUGUUUUCCUCGCCCCACGGUACUUGACAACAUCUCUGUCGCGUUUCUGUUUCUAGCGGAGUCAGCGAAACGAGAGGAAUGAAACCUCGUCCGGAAAAUUCUCUUGAGAAAAUGGAGAAGCGAGACGUCUGGGCAGCCACACAUCUAUUGUCUAAGAAGUCGUUCAGUGUCACAACCGGUGGGGGACCUGUCCCCCCCGAGGGGAUAUCAUCUUCAGCACUGGAAAUCCUAUAAUAUCGACCUAAUUUUUGUUUGAUCAUUUAUUCAUUUUAUUGAAGCUUCUUAGAACCUAUGUGAUUCCAUUUUCUAAACAAUGCUAACUGUUCCGUGAAAUCGAAAUGUCAAGCGUGGAACUGGGAGAUGGAUCCUUCCUUCCGAGUCACUUCGCUAAACAAAAAAAA